GUGUUGCGGUGAUUUCGGGUCACUGCCUCUGUCCUUCUUAUUUUCUCUUGACAGAGGAGCAUAGUGCACGUGAUUGUGCUACGUGCGAAUGAUGAACUUACAAAUAGUGCAGACUUUCAUGUUCUUUUCGAUAUAAGAUGGAGGACCAUUGAUUAGAAAGUUUCGGCUGGAGGCGCAAACGAUAAGCUCAUAGAUGAUGAUCAAAGGGCAUUUCCUACUGAGCAUAGCGAAGCUUCCCGCUACAACUUCGUUUAGAGGAGUACACUCCCGUUUGCCUGUUGCGUCUGGCACCGAUUUGUCUGUAUUUGGACAAGAACUGACGUUCCGUAAUGGUCGUACUGCUCAGAACCGGUUCCUCAAGGCUGCACUUACGGAAAGAACAGCUUCUUGGGACCGUAAAGAUUAUAGGAAACGAGGAAUCCCUCAUCAGGGUAUCAUCAACCUCUAUGACAAAUGGGGUCAUGGCAAAUUUGGCAUGAUCCUCACCGGUAAUAUAUGUGUGGAUCCUUGGAAUUUGGAAUCGGCAGGAAAUGUCGUUUUUAGCAAAGAAAACGACUGUCCAGAACUUCGGCAGAACUGUUUGAAAUGGACUGCAGCAAUGAAACAAGAUGGAGCGCUAGCUAUAGCACAGAUCUCACAUGCUGGACGUCAAACGCCCGAGCUUGUCCAUGCUCAUCCUUUUGCUUGCUCUGAUGUGCAACUCAUGGCAAAGAGACGUUUUAUGGGUUUUGGGAAACCGAUUCCAUUGUCCUUAGACCAGAUCAAAACCGAAGUUAUUGAUCGAUUUGUAUAUACCGCAAACUUCGCACGUGAACAUGGUUUUGACGGGGUGGAAAUCCAUGCCGCCCACGGGUAUCUUUUGUCUGGUUUUCUCUCACCAACCACUAAUAUUCGAACGGACAGAUAUGGAGGAUCACCCCAAAGUAGGAUGAAAGUGAUUCUUGAGAUUUAUGAAGCCAUCAGGAGAAAAAUCCCUGCAUCCACGGGUUUUCUGGUAGGAAUAAAGACCAACUCAGUAGAGUUUCAAGAAAAAGGUCUGAGUAUUGAUGACGCUAAAGUGAUGUGUAAGAUGAUGGAGAAAUGUGGAUUCGAUUUUGUGGAACUAUCUGGUGGAAACAUAGAGAAGCCUGCUUUUUCACACUUGCGUGAAUCCACCAGAAAGCGGGAAGCGUUCUUUUUAGAAUUUGCACAGCAGAUUCGACCAGUUUUCGAGAAAACUGUUGUGUAUUUAACUGGUGGUUUCCGAACAGCCCCAGCCAUGGUGAACGCUGUGUUUGAUGGAAUUACUGACGGUAUAGGUAUAGGAAGGCCAACGACGUCGGAACCUGAUCUUCCUGCAAAAAUUCUGCACGGAGAAUGCCUCUCAGCUGCCGACGUCAAGUUGGAUCCUGAUGACUAUAUGAUAACAUCAACGGCCAGUAACAUGCAGAUGGCACAAAUGGGUAAAAGGCCGUUUUCUGAGGUGAAAAAUGUGUGUGACGAUAUUGCGGAUCUGAGUAAUCCGGAAGAAGCGGACAAUUUCAAGAAGGAGGCGGCAGAAUAUUAUAAAGAGAUGAAAGAGACAGCCGAACGUGGUGAACCUUUACAUGAGGCAGGACUGCAAUUAUGA